AUGCUAGAAAUGAAAAAUCAAAAUUAAAAAGUAAACAAAAAAUUUCAACUUAAAAAAGAAUUCAUCAUCUCCUCAUCAUUCUCCCUUAAAUUUGAGUUGAACUCUGAUAUGAGCUUUUUCUUAAGUAACUUCAUUAGCCCUUUAUUUGAUUUAAAGAGCAAACUUAAAAAAAUGAGUUAAAGGAGAAAGCUCUUCACCCUUUUCUCAAACCAUAUUGAUGAAUAAUCUCCUCCUCAAUUCGUAAAAGGAGUAAUAAUUUUUUCUUUUAUUGAAUUCCAUUGAGCAUC